AUGGACCUCGGGGCGACUAACGCCGUUGGGUUUAGCGCGCAGUUAGAGUUUAUCAAUUGGUUCCCCCCGCUGCCCCGGACAUCCCACCUUCAACCUCUGUCAGAAACACCACUCGGCGUGAAGAUAUACCCCGAAUCCCCUCAACAACACACCAAGUCCACCUACCCCGACUUCUCUCCAGGGACUAUUCACUAUGGGCUUCAGCAGUAA